AAAAAGAAGAGUUAGAGGGAGAGAGAGCCAGAGCGAGGGGAGUGCAAGAGAGAAGUUAGCCGAGCUUCCACAAAUCACUCUGUCACCAGCAAGCUCUGACAAGCAUCGGGAGAGAGGGAGAAAGGGGAGAGAGACUGGGGAGUUAAAUAGAGGUGCGAAUAGGGAGUAGUGUCAGAGCAAGAGGGAAGGUGUGAAGGAGCUUCAAGGAGGUGAUACAGAUGGAUGGAUAGAGGGAAGAGAGGACAAGACUACAAUCCGGUUCUCAUAACUUUUAAGAGGGACUGUUACUCCUGCUGCUGCUGCUGCUGCUGGGUCUGGAUGGUGCACAUGUAAAGAGGUGUGUCAAACUUAAGCAACUAUUGUUUUACGAGAGUUGGAGUGGCAGUCUGUUAUUUUAUAGCAUCCCCUGCCUGAGCUGUUUUUCUUUUAUUAUCUCAGGAUCGAAACACAGGGAUAACAUUAUUGUGUUUUAGAAUAAAGAGACAGUGUCAGAAAACUGGUCAUAGUGUGUCAAGUAAGCAUGAGUCGGAAAUCAUUUUUCUAGCAGCUGUACACAGAUCACAUGCUCUUAAUGCUAAAAAGAGGUAGUCAGAGCGGAGAGUGUUUGAGUGUAUCAGAUGUGUCUUUGUGGGGACAUGUCUUAAUGGCUUGACUGCAUCAGAAUAAGUUAGUGAAACUUUUAAAUACUACAUUAUACAUUUGUUCCUCUGGCCCGAGGAUACUUGAUUAGUCCGGGUUGACUCAACGCCCCAGGGGUCAAACUUUAAACACAGCUUUAAGAACAGUAUGAAUUGUUGCUAUUUUCUUUCUCUUUGUCACAUUUAGAAAGGGCUCAAUUGACUUCACAUCCGUGUACAGGGUAGUCCUGAAUGAUCUGUGAAGAGACCUCGGGGGUAAAGAAGGACAGGAAGCAGAGUCAGCUGAAAAAUCUUAGACUCAAAUGUUAAGGGCUAAAGAACGUUUUGUUUUGACAUGUGGAAGUUUCUUUGAGUAAGACAAGAGUAUUUGGGUGUGUUGUGACUCUUCUGAAUCUUGGUGUGUGCUUCUGUUUGCACGUUAGGCUGGGCUCUGUUAGCAUUUGACAGCGUCUGGAACGUCAUUGUGUUACCCGUGUGGCUGAGUCAGAGGCUGGCUCAGGUCUGUCCGCCCACUGGGAAUCUCUACAUUGGUUUUCAUGCCAAGAAGACACAAGUGCUAGGUGGUUUCACAGCAGCAGCAGAGGCAGCGACUGCGGUGGCACCACUACUCCUGAACUUUGAGGACUCUCCACACUGCUUUUUUGUUCUGCUGUCUGUAAACACCUUGCGUCACUCACACCUCUCCACGGAGUGAUUCACUGUUCCCUAAGCAUCCCUGGUCAGUGGCAGACAGUGAAAGGGAGGAUUCGCCGAGAACCAGAGCCCAAAAGUAGUUGCAAACAUUCACCAUGAAGCUGACGUUGUUGAUGCUCAUGGUCGUCUACAUGGUGGGCAACGUAAGCAGCAUGUCCACAUGUAAGACGCUGGACCUGGAGAUGGUGAAGAAAAAGCGCAUUGAAGCCAUCAGGAGCCAGAUCCUUAGCAAAUUGCGUAUGCCCAAAGAGCCUGAGCCGGAUCAGACGGGGGACGACGAGGAGAUCCCCGUCCCCCUGCUGUCCCUCUACAACAGCACCAAGGAGAUACUGACAGAGCAGCAGAGCGAGGUCCAGACUGACAUCUCCACGGAGCAGGAGGAGGAGGAAUACUUCGCCAAGGUGCUGCACAAGUUCAACAUGACAGAAAAAAAUGACACAGGGACAGAAACGAAAAAAAUUAUCCCGAUGAUCUUCAACUUGUCGGAGAUACGUAAAAGUGUGGGGGAUUAUCGCCUGCUGACCAGUGCGGAGCUACGGAUACUCAUCAAGGGCACCAGCAUACAAAAUGAGCAGCGGGUGGAGCUGUACCAGGGUCUGGGGAAAGCGCGUCGCCACCUCGUCUCCCGCUUCGUCUCCAAUGUCUGGAAAGACAAGUGGAUGUCCUUCGAUGUCACUGAGAGCCUGCAGACGUGGCUCAAAGGGACUGAGGAUGAGCAGGGCUUCGAACUUCGGCUGUUCUGUGAAUGCGGCCUGAACAAUUCCGAAGUCUUUGGUUUUAAAAUCUCCGGUAUUGACAACAGUAGGGGAGACAAAUCAACUAUGCAACUGUUGACAAAGCAACCACCCUACAUCCUGACCAUGUCCAUCCCUCAGAACAGCAGCAGCCACCUCACCACGCGCCGAAAACGCUCCACGGACACCAAAGAUACUUGUACAGCUACUACGGAGACCUGCUGCGUGCGAAGCUUGUACAUCGACUUCAGGAAAGAUCUAGGCUGGAAGUGGAUUCAUAAGCCGACGGGCUACAAUGCUAACUAUUGCAUGGGGUCCUGCACCUACAUCUGGAAUGCUGAAAACAAAUAUUCUCAGAUUUUGGCCCUGUACAAGCAUCACAACCCAGGAGCCUCUGCCCAGCCCUGCUGCGUUCCCCAGGCCCUGGAGCCACUGCCAAUCCUCUAUUACGUGGGCAGGCAACACAAGGUGGAGCAGCUGUCCAACAUGGUUGUGAAGUCCUGCAAGUGUAGCUAAAAAAUACGACAUGGCACACUGCUCCGCGUCCUUUCGAACAUAAACCGAGAUGUGUUUGAGACCACAGAGAGGGGCAUACAACGGAAACAAUGAGGUGAAUAAGGAGCAGAAUAAUGAGGACAUGGAGAACAACAAAUGUAAAGUCUUCAGGAUCUUUGUGGUCCAACCUUUCUCCUGAGAGCCACCAUUGUCAUGUUGAACGCACAAACCAUGGACUUCUUUUAUCCAUAUUCUUUUCUAUGUGUAUAUACUUUUUCCUUGCAGUAGUUGAAAUAUCUGUCUUUAAAUGAAUUAAUUUAUUUGUUGGAGGGACAGAUCUGUAAAGAAGUGAUAUACAUGUGUAAAAGUUGGACAGAUUUAAAGGAUUUUUAUAAAAACAAGAAGGAGGAAUUCCAAAGGAUACGAGGACCAAAAUGACCUUGAUGAUUGUCUGGGAUAAGUGGUUAUUUCCAUAUAAUCUUCCUAAUGGGGUCUCAGUUUAAGGUGCUCAAUCCCAGGUGUUGGGGUUUUCCUGGACAACAAUGCCCCAGGUGUUUUUGGAGAACCGUAAAGGUGAACAGACAGUCCAGCCUGGGAACUCCCUCCAACCGAGAAUCUGGAGUCUCUCAAGUCUUUCACGACAACCGUUCUUCAGUUUUACUUUUCUACAGCCCACGUGAUUUGUAAAAUGCUUUUUUAAUACAUAGUUAAAUGUCAGUCUGUCCUCAUGAACCCUCCCGUGCUGUCAGAGCCAUGAGUAAUAUCAGUGGUGGUAAGAGUGAUGACACCUUGUUUUUCUCUCUCAGGAUUUACAGCCAGCUUGUUGUCUUUAGAUGGUGAGGGUCAGGGGCUGUGGUUGUGGUGUUGGGAAGCCAUACAGACUCAAUACACAGAUUUGUUUUUGUUUUUUAUAACGCCAUAGUAAGUUAUAAUAAGAGGCAAUGUAUGCCUUUUAUUCCAGGACAGUUCUUUUUCAUUUCAUCUGUAGUGUGAUGCUUUUUGCACAACUCAAGAACGAAUUCAGCUUGUUUCACGCUUCAAUACUCUUCUUAUAGUGCACUUACCAUUUGAAAUUUGUAUUUGUAAAUAUUUUAACAAUUUGAAAUAAACAUUGUUGUUAAAUUAUCACGUUAGGGUGGAAUAUUUUUUCCAAGCAGAAUAACACCACACUCGUCAGAGAGCUGUGCUGUGAAGUGUGUGUAUGCCGAUAGCAUUUAGACAUGCAUUCUUGUCUUCAUCAUCAUGAGGAAACAUGAAUGAAAUGUUUCAUCUUGUCAGUGUUUGGGAUGUUUUGCUUUGUGACUUAAAAAAAUCCCACACCUUUUCAGCUACUUAAA